UGAACGCUUUGGAAAUGUUACUCAUUUGUCAAUAGAAUAUGUUUAUGUUUUCGUGAACGAAAAACACUUGUAUAUUUCGGACACAGGCUGUCAUCAUUCUGUUAAUGAUGAAUUUGUAAUAAGAAAAGGAAAAAAAAAAUCGGAUAGAUGUUUACAGACAUGGAUGGAGAGAAAAAGAGUACACCACCUAACCUGGAUACACCAGGUAAACAGAAGCUGUGGAGUUGGCUUAACAAAAAUCUAAAAAUUGAAAUGACUGAUGGAAGGGUUUUGGUUGGCGUCUUUCUAUGUACAGACCGAGACGGUAACGUAAUUCUUGGCUCGUGCAGCGAAUAUCUGAAACCUGAAGAUACUGUAAAUAUGGACGAGCCACGAGUGCUAGGUUUGGUGAUGGUGCCAGGUCGUCAUAUAAUAUCAAUUUGCCUAGAUGACGUUACGAAAUUUGCUCAGGACAUAAUGUGAAACUGACGUCUUUUUCACGUCCAAACGGUGUUUAUAUGUUUUCAUGUUUGUGUAUAUUUGUCAACAUAAAUAUAUUCAUUAUUGAUAUAAACCGAUCAUUUGUUAGUGCUGUGGUAAAAUCUUAAAACUAUAUAAUGUGGUAAACCGUGGAAUAAUGUAAACCAUUUAGCCUAUAUUAAAUAAGGCAUACCAUUUAUAUUACUGCUGCACAUCACAUAUAACUGUAACAAACCUUUGUAUGACAAGACAGUUGCAAACAGGAAUUGUAUGAGGUACAUUGAUUCAAAUUCUCUGUGUUAAGAUUAGCUCACCUAUUCUCACUAUAAAUUUUAUAUAUAAUUUUGCAUUGUUAUCUUUUUGUUUGUUGAUGGUGUUGAUGUGUGUGGAACAAACAUACAACAAAAUAUUUAUCUAUGUUACGUUAGUUGCAAUGUGACAUUAAUACCAUACGUAUGGAGCAAAAGGAAGGUGAAGUCAGAGUCUGACGUGUAGGCUGAUUUCCUCGAAACACACCAAUGAUAGACAGUUGUUUCAUAUUUGCAUUUGGCAGGAAGGGCUUUUAAAAGGGAAAAUUUUGUGUAACUUGCUGUAUAUGAAUGCUGGAAUAAUCUGUUCAAGAACUUCUUGACAAA